CCGCUCUGCGCCGCGCUUCGCACUCGGCCCGCAGCUUGUGCAGUGCCCGGCGCCGACUGGCCAUGGGCGGCCUGUGGAUGGCGCUGCUGUGCGCGCUGGCCGGCCUGGGGCCCGGGGUCCGCGGUGGCUGCACGGAGAAGGGGCGCUGCUGCCCCGGCCGUGACCCCACCUGCUUCGUCGAGGGCUGGAGGCUGGACAGGGUCUUCGGGAAAUGCUACUGCGACCAGGCGUGCCACCUCGUCGGAGACUGCUGCUUCGACUACGACAGGGCGUGCCCAGCUCGCCCGUGCGUCGUGGGAGAGUGGAGUCCCUGGAGCGGCUGCGCAGACCGGUGCAAGCCUUCGAUCCGCGUCCGCAGGCGCGAGGUGCAGCAGGCGCCCCAGAACGGCGGGGAGCCCUGCCCGGCCCUGGAGGAGAGAGCCAGCUGCCUGGAGUACUCGUCGCCCCAAGGCCAGGACUGCGGGACCGUCUUUGUUCCGGCCCUUAUAACUACCUCUGCAUUCAACAAGGAGAGGACGAGAAAAAUCCCAUCUCCAAAUUGGUCUUCACAGAAAGAAGUUCCUGGGUACUGUAUGGAGUUCAGGACAGAAUCAUACACAUCUCACUGUGCUAUGGAGAACCGACCCCUGACUCGAUGGAUGCAGUAUAUUCGGGAGGGGUACACAGUCUGUGUUGAUUGCCAACGCCCUGCUAUGAAUGCUGUGAGCCACCGUUGCUCUGGAGAUGGCCUGGACGCCGAUGGAAGUCAAACUCUCCACUGGCAAGCAAUUGGCAAUCCUCGAUGUCAAGGAACUUGGAAAAAAGUUCGACGAGUUGACCACUGUUCUUGUCCAGAGGUCCACAGUUUCAUUUUUAUAUAGUGUCAUGUAAAUAUUUCAAAAGGUUUGGAAACAUGCUCUACAGAUGUUGUCAAGUUAUAUUCAACACUUCAAAAACCCGCCAAAAACUGUUCAACCCAGGUGGUUGAAUGUGUGCAUUUUCCCACUUUGAAAAGAAGGAAAAUACGGGGCCUGGUUCCCAAGACAUACAGUACCUUAACUGUUAUUUUUAUGUUUACUGACUUGAGGAACCCCCUGAGGCCUCUUGUCCCCUUUGUGGCUUGGUGUUCCCCUCCUUCCACCUGGUAAGCUCCCAUUCACUAGCCCACACAGAUGCAGAGUAUUUGUCUAUUUGCACUAAAAUUACCAUAACAUCCUUUUUUUUAAAUUGGUAAUUUAUUGUGUAAAUCACUGGUGCUUUAAAUCUUAAUUCCCUAAUUUCUAAAAAUAUUUUCUCUUAAAUACAUAGAUAUAUCCACAGUUUUAUACAUCCCUGUAUUACUCCAUAAAUUCUAAAAUAAUAAUUUUAAGGAAACUGCCACAAACUAUUUCCAAAAGGCAGGUUAAGACUAAAAGCAUUAUAGUUACAAAAAUUAAGAGGUGAAAAAUAUUUAUUCUGAAUAAAAAAUUUUCAAUUAAAAAGAUCAAUAUUUGUUCUAGUUUGCUUACUUGAUAUAACUUUUAUGAAGAGCAAUUUUGGCUGCAAAGAAUAAAACA